GGAGGCGGGGCCGGGGGCGCUCGGAGGCGGGGCGGUGCUUACCGACCACAUCGCAGCGUCGAUCUGCUCCGAUCCCGACCGGACCCGCGGCGCCCGCCGAACGUAUAGGCAAUCAUGAGUGAUCGAAAGGCUGUGAUCAAGAAUGCGGACAUGUCAGAAGAGAUGCAGCAAGACUCUGUGGAGUGUGCUACACAGGCACUGGAGAAGUACAACAUCGAGAAGGACAUUGCUGCUCACAUAAAGAAGGAAUUUGACAAGAAAUACAAUCCCACCUGGCACUGCAUCGUGGGGAGGAACUUCGGCAGCUACGUGACUCACGAGACCAAGCACUUCAUCUACUUCUACCUCGGCCAAGUGGCUAUUCUUCUGUUCAAGUCUGGUUAGACCCAUGGACUGUUACUGAAACUUGCACCUGGUUCCAGGACUGCACCAACUCCAAACAGCCUCCUACCUUCAGCCUUCCUGAGGAAACAGACCUUCAGGUCUUUUGUUGUAUUGUUCAUGGUCAGGGAUUUUGCUGUAGCAGCUGUUUUUUUUCAUUGUGGCUAUAAAAAUGGCAAAAAUGUCUUCCUUGUAUUUAUUUUCUUUCAAAAGAUGGCUUCUUUGCUAAUAAAACUGUUGGAACAAGUUUAUCCUUUAA